AUGUUUGCCCGAUGGCUGGCAUGCUACCAGCACCACUCCCAGCACCAGCACCAGGUGUUCAUCACCGCCAGCGCCACACUCAAGGAGCAGGUCUCCCGGACCUUCCGCAAGCUGCAGGCCGCCGCCAUCGCCGACCCCGCCGACGCGCGCGCCGUCGCCGCCGCCGCCGCCCGCGACUACCCCUCCCUGCGCGACGUCCCCAGCGCGGCCUUCCCGCUGUUCGUCACAACGGCCCAGUGGCUGCGGAUGCUGGACGCGAGCUGCGACGUGCCCUUCUUCGCAGGGCCCGGCGGGGAGGGGGAGGACAGGGAGGACGCGGAUGGGAUAGGGCUGCAUGUCGAGCUCGGGGGCUGGGACAGCGAGGAGGAGGGCGGCAGCGGCGAGGGGGGUGAGGAGGAGGAGGAGGAGGAGGAGGGGGAGGAGGGGCCGGCGGGCAGCGACCGGGGGUCGGAGGGGGGCGGCGGCGACGAGGGCGAGGAGGGCGCGGCGCGCGACGCCGGCGCCGCCCACGCGCCGGCCCUGCGCGGCAUGGAGGUACGCUUCGAGGAGUUUGUGGGGCGCGACAUGUGGGCGGCCGUCACGCGGGGGCUGUCAAAGGAGGAGCGUUCCGCCCUCAAGGCGCCGCUCGUGUACCAAGAGAUCACGAGCUACAUCAAGGGCUCUGCAGAGGCGCUGGAGGCAGGGGGGCGGCUGAGCCUCGCAGAAUACCUGGAGGUCAUCGGCCGCAAACGGGCCGCGAACUACGGCGACGCGCUGCGGCGCUCGGUGUACCGCUGCUUUGAGGCCUACGAGAGGGUCAAGGCGCAGAGGAGGGCCUGGGACAGGUGCGACAUGGUGGCCCACAUCUACAGGCAGCUGUGCGCGGGGGCGUACCAGGGCGUACGCAUCGACGGCGUCAGCCGGGACGAGGUCCAGGACUUCACGCAGGCGGAGCUGCUGCUGGACGUGCGGCUGGCGGACCCCAACGCGCUGUUCUACUGCGGCGACACCUGCCAGACCAUCGCGCGAGGCGUGGGCUUCCGCUUCGAGGACGUGCGCACUCUGCUGUACAAUGAGGGCAAGCGCCGCGAGGCCGCCGGCGCCAAGGGCCCGCCCGUCGGCAUGCCCCGCCUGGACGUCCUGCGCGUCAACUACCGCACCCACAGCGGCAUCCUGGACGCCGCGUCGAGCGACCUGUCAAUCCUCCUGUCCAGCGGCGAUGAGGCCGCGUCGCAGAUCGAGUUCGGCGCACAGCAGGUGGUGCUUGUGCGCGACAUGGCGGCGGUGGAGCGGUUGCCCGACGAGCUUCGCGCGUCCAACGCGCUGAUCAUGUCUGUCGCGCAGUCCAAGGGCCUGGAGUUUUCAGACGUGGACUUUUUCGCCGACAGUCCAGCCCAGUCUGAGUGGAGCGUGCUGCUCACCCUCCUGAGCGAGAUUGAGUCCGGCGUCAUGCAGGCGCCCCCGGGCGCGAGCUUUACGCCGCAUGACCUGGAGGGGGACGAGAACAAGCGGGAGCGCGGGUGGCUGCGGGCCGUCGCGUUCGACCCCGCCGCCCACACCCUGCUGUGCAAUGAGCUCAAGCUGCUGUGA